UAGAAGCCGCUUUCUUGCUCUUUUCGAGUUUUAGUAUCACAAUUGUGACACGUAGUUGAAGAUGCCUUGGAGCCGUUUACUAUGCAACCAGAGUACCAUCGCUGCUUUUGCACACGUUUGCUUGGUUUAGAAAUGGCGCACACGUGCAUCCACUGGUUCCGGAAAGGCCUGAGGCUCCACGACAACCCGGCCUUGGUGGCUGCUCUCCGGGACAGUAAGGAGUUCUACCCUCUGUUCAUUGUCGACCCUCAUCUCCACAACACGACAAGAGUCGGCAUCAACCGCUGGAGGUUCCUGAUCGGAGCGCUCGCCGACUUGGACAGCAGCCUCCGUAAACUCAACUCCAGGUUGUUUGUUCUGAGAGGAAAACCGGAGGAGGUGUUCGCCAAGCUCUUCACCCAGUGGAAGGUGACGAAGCUGACCUACGAGUAUGACUCAGAACCUGACAGUCUGACCCGGGACCAGGCAGUUACAGUGCUUGCUGAGGAAAAUGGAGUUGAGGUCCUCUACAAGGUCUCCCACACUCUCUUUGACCUGGACAGGAUCAUUGAGGAAAACAAUGGCAAAGCUCCACUGACCUACAACAAAAUGCAGGCGAUUGUGAAGAGCAUUGGUCCACCAAGAAGACCGGUGCCUGCCCUGACCUCGGAGCAUAUGAAAGACGUGAAGACUCCUGUUUCGAAAAACCAUGCCAAAGAAUUCGGAAUCCCUACGUUGGACGAGCUUGGACACGAUGUUGGUGACCUCACUGAGGAGAAGUUCCCGGGUGGAGAGCAGGAGGCUCUGAGGAGAAUGGAGGAACACAUGCAGCGCAGUGGCUGGGUGUGCAGCUUCGAGAAGCCCCAGACUUCUCCAAACUCACUGAGUCCGAGCACCACGGUGCUGAGCCCGUACGUCACAAUGGGAUGUUUGUCUGCUCGAACCUUCUGGUGGAGGCUGACGGAGGUUUACAGAGGGAAGAAGCACUCUGAACCUCCAGUGUCUCUUCAUGGUCAGUUGCUGUGGAGGGAAUUUUUCUACACCGCCAGUUUGGGGAUUCCCAACUUCAACAAGAUGAAGGGAAACCCUGUCUGCACUCAGGUGGACUGGGACUCAAAGCCAGAGUUCCUGGCAGCGUGGAGAGAGGCUCAAACCGGCUUCCCCUUCAUUGACGCCAUCAUGACCCAGCUGAGACAAGAAGGUUGGAUCCACCACCUGGCCCGUCACGCAGUGGCCUGUUUCCUCACCAGAGGAGACUUGUGGAUCAACUGGGAGGAAGGCCAGAAGGUGUUCGAGGAACUCCUCCUGGAUGGCGACUGGGCUCUGAACGCCGGGAACUGGCAGUGGCUGUCAGCCAGCACCUUCUUUCACCAGUUCUUCAGAGUCUACUCACCAAUCGCCUUCGGCAAGAAGACGGACAAGAACGGAGAGUACAUCAAGAAAUACCUUCCCAUUCUGAAAAAGUUCCCGUCCCAGUACAUCUACGAGCCGUGGAAGUCUCCUCGCAGCGUCCAGCAGGCGGCAGGCUGCAUCAUCGGUGUAGAUUACCCUCGUCCCAUCGUGGAGCACGAAGUGAUCAGCAAGAAAAACAUCCAGAGAAUGAAGGCCGCCUAUGCCAGGAGGUCCUCCAACGCCUCCAACGAGUCGCCACAAAAAAAACAAGGUGUGAAGCGUAAAUCAGAGUCUGUCAUUGACAUGCUGAAGAAGAAAGAAAAGAAGAAAUAAAGUGUAGACUUUUGCUUUUGA